AUGAAGCCUUUCCUCCUGGUGUCUGCCUUUCUCUUCAUUUGGGAUCCAGUGCUGGCAGGUUUGAAUCCAUUAACCUCAGAAAUGCACAAGAAAUGCUAUGAACAUGGUACCUGCAGACUGGAGUGCUAUGGAAGUGAGAUGCUAGUCGCCUAUUGUCUGUUCCAUCUGGAGUGCUGUGUCACAGGAAGCCCUGGGCCCUGA